CUCAUUUCGUGAAGGAGCGACAUGAGCGCUUGUACCGUUUCUUGAGAGAAGGCGCGACGCGAUUACGACGGAUUCCAUUGCUGUAAAAUACGCGCGACGGAGAAGUGUCAGCCGGUCUUGAGACCGUUCGUGAGUUCAGUGAGUGUUCCAGUGCGUGAUUGGUUUCGUUCUGGACACGUGUUUACAAUUUAGAUUAAGUUUUGGAAGACGCUUCGAAAGAAUAUCGGUGUAGGAAGAAAAGAAAGAUCGUCUGCCUCGAGGAAUUACUUUCGAGUAAGUAAGAACGAGACGAAAGGAAAUACGAGAAAAUCUAAUACGUUUUAACGGUUGAGAGGAAUUUCUCGACUUAGAUUAGGAUGUCACAUCACAGCGACGAUAACAUGCUUAUAGCAACGUCCGAUUCUUUCUGGGAGCCGGGCAAUUACAAGAGAACGACUAAAAGGAUCGAGGACGGUCACAAGCUCUGCGAUAGUUUAAUAGCUUUGGUUCAGGAAAGAGCGGAAAUCGAAAAAAGUUAUGCGAAGGCGUUGAAGAAUUGGUCAAAGAAUUGGAACGACAAGAUAGAAAAAGGUCCGGAAUAUGGAACCACGGAAGCUGCGUGGAAAGGUGUUCUGGUCGAGUCCGACAGGUUGUGUGACCUUCAUCUUAGGGUUAAGGAGAACCUUUGCAACGAUAUCAUCCAACAAGUGAAGACAUGGCAAAAGGAUACCUAUCACAAGUCUAUGAUGACCCUCAAAGAGCGGAAGGAAAUGGAAGACGCUUUUAAAAAAGCGCAAAAGCCCUGGGCGAAACUAUUACAGAAAGUCGAGAAAGCCAAAGCGGAAUAUCACAACAGCUGCAAAACUGAGCGAACUGCGGCUAACAUGGAGAGGAACGCUUCCGCUGAUAGUUCUCUUUCACCCGACCAGAUGGCCCGAGGCUCUGAAAACGUCAAGAAAAUGCAGGACAGGGUGCAGAAGACGAAAGAAGAAGUACAAAAGGCGAAAGAAAAAUAUGAAGCUGCACUUCAAGAAAUAAAUCAGUAUAAUCCAAAAUAUAUGGAGGAUAUGUCGCAAGUUUUUGAUAAGUGUCAAGAAAUGGAGGCGCAACGACUUCAAUUCUUUAAGGAAGUUCUUUUUGGUAUUCACAAGUGCCUCAAUAUAUCACAGGAUCCAGUGCUUCCACAAAUAUACGAAGAAUUCUAUCAUACUAUUAACAAUGCGGAUCAUGAAAAGGAUCUUAAAUGGUGGUCUAAUAAUCAUGGUGUAAAUAUGGCUAUGAAUUGGCCACAAUUUGAGGACUACACAGAGGAAUUCCGUGACAUCACCAAGGGUUCGAAGUCAAAGGAGGCACUUCCAGCUGGAUCCAUCACUCUCAUCAAUCAGCGACCAGUCGGCGAGGAUCUGCAUGAAUUCCCACCAGUCAAUCAUAAAUCAAAAUCAAAGUCUGCUGGUCGUGUUAUAUCAACAGAUGGACUCCAUGGAGAUAGUAAAACAGAUACUAUUAGUUCGAGCAAACAAUCUUCUGAAAAAAUUAAUCACGAAAGUAGCGGAGUUAAUAGAAGUUCAACAAUCACGAAUGGUACCAAUACAAAGCAGGAGUCAAAUCCAUUUGAGGAAGAAGAAUGGGAUGAAGAUGGUGGUGAACCAUUAGUAGACAGUGGAGAGCCAGGGGUUCCGGUUAAAGCUUUGUAUAAUUACGAAGGAGCAGAAGCUGAUGAACUCAGUUUUAAACAAGGUGAUAUAUUUGAAAAAUUGGAAGACGAAGAUGAACAGGGAUGGUGUAAAGGAAGGAAAGAUGGUAGAGUUGGUCUUUAUCCUGCAAAUUAUGUAGAGUUAUUAUCUCAAUAGUUUAUGCAAAGUUAAAUUUUCUAAGAUUCUUUCUUGGUUACUUAACAAGUAAAAUUAUAAAAAACAAAAUCUAGUUAUUUUGUUGUUUUCUGUUUUUAUUUUUCGAUGAUGCAAUGUCAUCAAAAAAGUUUAUUUUUGUUAGAAAAAGAAACUUACAUUUUUUUCGUGCAUGACACGACGGUUUGCAUAAGCUGAAAAUUUCACAAAAACUGUGAAUACAAAAGCAGUGACGUUGUGUGACUGUUUUUCUGUUUUUAUAUCAAAGAUAGUUCAAUGAAAUGAGUUCUUUAAAAAGAUCUCAGACGAAACAUCUCCAAUUGCAGUUAAUACGUUUUUUUUAGAUAGAUAAGUUAGUAAAAUUCAUUGUUAGUAUUAACAAUUAAAAUGAAUAACAUGUAUGCAAAUCUUAGAUCUUCGAGUAAUGUACAGUCAUUCAUUUUGUAACACACUAUUACUGUUACAAUUAAGAAUCUUUUGGCUGAAGACAAAAAUUUUAUUUAAUUUAUUGUUAUUAAAAAAGUACCUUUGAAACCUUACACUUAUCUAAAUGGUGUCAUUGUACAUAAUAGAAUUAAGAGCUUAGUAAUAUUUGAAGUUAUUAGGUAAAAUGUCACAGUGUAUGCGACAAAGUAUGUUAGGAUACUUUAAAAAUAUACUUAAAUUAAAUAUAUACUAUAAAUAACAAAAAUUCGGGACCCAAGAAUAUUCUUUUGUUAUUCAAAUAUCAUUUAAAAAAAAAAAAAAACAAUGAUUCUAGCAUUGUUCUUAAGAAAAGUAUUGGUCAUUUUUUCUUGCAUAAAUUUAAGCAUUUUAAAUAUCGAACGUUUAACACACUAUCACUUCCAUAUACAUAUAUAAUAUGCUUUGUACAUAUAUAAUGUCUUUUUAUAUAAAAAUAAUAAGACUAGAAUGUUAUUUUCAAAGUAAAUUAAUUUUGUUUCUAAAAUAGAAAUUUUGUAUAUUCCUUAUUAAGAAUAUACACAAUCAUGAAAAUAUAUGUCAUCUUAUUUAUGUUUUCAUCGAAAAGUUGAAACGUAAGCACAAGUGAAGUGAAUUAUAGCAUGUGUGUCCUACAUUGUAAAGUAUAAAUAUAUAAGUUAUUCAACAUUAUAAAGAACACAUUAUUAAAGGACCAAUGUGUUAUGUACACUUAUAAUGCAAUUUUCCUUAAAUCAUUAUUAGAUGUUUAUUUUUGAAAGUUGCAUUGGAAGAUUUUAUAAAGAAAAAAAAAAAAAAACAAUUUUCCUAAAAUAUACGAAAGCCAUGUAUUAUAAUUUAUUAUUAUAAUUACCACAUAACAAUCUUCAAAAUAUUUAAUACAAGUCGAAAACUGAUUUUGACUGAAAUAUGUAUUUUGGUUUCUAAAAAUAUUAUUUUACAUGUAAUAAUCAGAUAUACGACGUAUAUUAACAAAAAUAAAAAUUAAGUAUGAAUA